ACUAUACCAUACAAAUACAGCCAAUUCCCCACACCCUGUGCGGGGUGUCUGCCCCUAGGGAGCCUUCCUAAAGGUGUCUCCAGGUUACGGCACUUGGGCUAACCAGAUCACUACAGUUGGGUACCACCCUAGUACUACCAUGGAAUCCCAGAAUUGCAUAAGAAAAUUGCUGCCACCGGGUGUUACACGGUAGAUUCCUAUCACAUGAUGGAAACUAAUACUUGUACUACUAUAGUACUAGUACUUCUAUGGAUAUCCCUAUGCCUUCAGGCACUGGCUUCGUUGGUUGCCCCUAUUCGCGAAUACACAACUACUCUAGUGCUACCUACUACCACUACACUAUCCACUGUACUGCUAGCAUUAUGUCUAUGGCAAUGUAAGAAGGCAGGGUACCUUGUAUCCCCAAUGACCUGGUACCACUGGGCGCUACUGAUACUGCUAGUACUAUUACAAGUAAUGGCAGUGGUAUUGGAGCAAGAGAUUUGGGGUAUCGGGAAAGCUACAUCUGCCGAUUCGACAUAUCCCAUUUAUGGUAUCGCGGUUCUACUAUGGGCCAUACUGGGUUGUACCCUAUUCUGUGGAUGGAAGUGUAACCUGUUCUGUAGACCAUGCUGUAAAAGUCAGUAUAUUUGCUAUGGUAGUGCAGUAGUGGUAGUACUAGUGGUACUCACAGUAUUGGCAGUGACAGCGUUACUUGCAAAGCACGGCAGUGGCGAUGGUUUAGGCGUUUUCCCUUUUUUCGGUACUCUAGGACAGACCGAAAAAGACAUCAUUCAAUACCUCGGUAACUUGGUGGUACCAAUUAUCCAGUGCCAUACCAUGGCAUUUCUAUGGACUACUCUACUGAAGUUACCAUAUACAGUUCCAGAGGUGGUAGCACUGAUAGCUUCUGCACUGGCAGUGGCCUCUAUGGUAGCAUUGGCAGUACUGGGUGGUACCACUCUCGGUGGAGUACAACUCAGUUCUAAAGGAUACCCCUUCCUAGCAGUACAUCUAGUAGCCCUUGUCACCGCCUUAUACUGCUUGGAGUGUAAGGCAACAUUUUGUUAUCCCAAGCAAUACCUCUGCUUAGGGUUACUUGCAGUGGUGCUUCUGCUAGCUUUGGUAGUGGUAGUGGUAGUGCAUGUCGACAGUCAGCGCAGAGGAAAAGAUGCUGCGGAAUACACCCUUCUGGGCUACUCACUACUACUGAUGAUACCGACACUGUGGUAUGCAUACCGAUGUGGUCUACUUACAUGGUGUCUCCCCAAGAAAAAGGCUCUCAAGGAUACUGACACUGCUGAGAACACGGCAGCAGAUACUGAUAUCGCAAAAGAAUCUUAGUAGUAAAUGUGACCACAGUACAACCCUGUGACAUUUAAUGGCCCAACUUUGGCUAGCCCAAUAUGAAAUGGAACA